AUGCUGUACAGGGCUACUAUCCGCUUCUUGUGGAACCGACUAUUUGUAGCUUCGUGCCGGCAAACCAUGCUCCUGCGAAGUCUUGCCUGGACCUUGUGUGCAAAUUGGUGGCGAAUACUCUCCUUACCCCAGUCGGUGCCCCAAGUUCUGAAUGCAUCGCGUGACGUCCUCGACUGCAGUCUUUGUACGCACCCUGCAAUCGAUACCGGUACUGACGUUUCUCCUCUCGCUGACAUGGAGACCUUCGUUCUUCAACCCGAGCUCAACGUUCUCUUCGCCACCGCCAGCGAGGCCGCCUCUCGUCCUGUUUCAGCAUCCACCCAUAAACGACUUUCUACCGCCAUCAAUCGCUUAUCACUAAAUCUUCAUGAUCUUCAAGCGAGGAAACGCAACCGGCCCUCCCGUUUACUAUCCAGUUUCCUUCUUCAAACCCUACCGCUCACCCUUUCUGUCUUCACUGCCUCCUUGGCAACCUACUCUGAAAAUCGUUCUGUAUGUCGUGAAGCUGUUGUCUUUCUUGGCCGUCUGGUUGCUGCGAUAUGUCAUGAGAACGCUCUGGCCACCUCGAUGGCGACGCUCCGGAGCCUCAGGAAGGCUGCCGAACAGUGUUUCUACGCACUUGCACAAAAAAGGGAAGAAGAUGAUGUUCCUGCCCUUUUAGAAACACUUGCUCUAGUGGCCUCUACCAGGAGCAAUACCAGUAAGCAGUUUCAUCAUUACCGCUCGAAGUUGUUAAAAUCGUUAAGCCCGAUGAGCAGUAAAGGAGUCCCAGAAGAAUCCUUCAUAUCUGCACUAAGGGCGCUCGUCUUGGGAUGGUUAGAGCACUCGAGAUCUCCAAGCCAUUGGCCUGCUGCUGUGUAUUUCGACAUCACAAAAGGAAUUUCUAGUGCACUAACAAUAAGAAUGGAAAAGUCGAACGAUGACGGCGAGUUGCGAAAUCUGAUUUUAAGUCUUCAUGACAUGGGCCAAUCUUUCAUUUUUGGGGUGCCAGAGCCAAAGGAUACCAAUUCCAUAAUACGGUUGGCAUGCGCAUCGGGAAUUCUACACUCUUUAGAAACUGUCAAACUGCACAGCACUAUUCCUUAUAUUGAAACAUAUGUGAAAACACUGCAGCUUCUCCUAGCAGAUAAAACUUCUUCACUGGAGAACUUCACAGGACGACAGCUCCUCGACGACUUUUCUCACACAGAUAAUGAAAUACUCGCUGUUGCUGGUGUUGCUUGCUGGAGCUCUUCCUCUCUAAGUACUCAGCUCACUCAUGAACAGCUUUCGGUCCUCACAAGCAUUUUAGAAGUCAUCAUGAUAAAUGUCGCCAUGAUGAAAAAAGGGAGCAAUAAUAGUAACGCCGACGUCGAUCCCCAGUUGCUCCGAAGCGUCAAAGGUUGUUCUGAAGUGUUGGGUAAAGCAUACGCAUUGUUCUCAUCACGCGAAGGGAGCAAUAACAAAUGUGUGCACUUUCUGCAACGCUUAGCCCUGGAGAAUCACAAGAAUAUUGUUGUGGAGCGAUUUGUCCUUGCCAGUGCCGUCGAAUGUGAGACAACACCGCAAGAUGCCAUUGCUCUGUGUGAUUUGCUCGCAUUCUUAACUACCCGAAGUGCGACUGUGUUCAACGUCCUCGCAACCAGAGCCGUUCAUGUUGUUUCCAGUGAUUCAGAAUCAAUGAAGGCAGCAUGCGGGUUUCUGUUGUCAUUGGUGAUGGAUGUUUCGACAGGACCCAAUGGUAUAAGAGCCGCAAAUCUUCUGAAUGUUAUGAAACAAAUUACUUCGCACAGGUCUAAAGUAUUCUUCCGUCCUUCAGAAGCGGGUACCUCAGGCGGGGACGAAGACGGUCACCAUAUAUUUUGGCUACCGCUCAUAAGAGCUCUUCAGCGUUGUCUUCUCGUGCAUAGGUGUGGUGAGAACUUCUCUAUUCAAUGUAUUGAGUUUUUUAGGGCAGUUCUGUACACCUCUGAAACAUCAUUGAGGCCUGCACGCAGCGCCCUCGUGGAAGAGCUCCCGGCGCUUAUGUUAGAAGAAUACAUCUUUUGCGGAAACGCCCGAAGUGAGCAGAAAAGGCUACUGCAACUAGCAAGCGUAUUCGACGCCCUGGCAGAUACUGUCGUUGACAGUGAUAUGAUCUCCAGCUGUCUAGACAAAGUUAUAGCCGCCUCCACUAAGCUAAGCCAACGAGAGGUCAGACUCGUUUGCGUUCUGCUGCUUCGCUUCAUGAAACGAUGUAAUCUUGAUGUUCUCGAGACCACGUUGUCAUCCUUGAGAAUAUUUGUCCGUAGAGGUGAAGCGCGUAAAAUCGACUUCCUCCCCCUGUGCAGACUUGCAGUGCUUGGCACCGAUAUGCUUCGGAAGAGGCAUGCUGUGGAGUGGAUACUGGGGGUUUUUGACGGGAAUGUCUACCGAGGUGCCCCAACCCGAUAG